UGCUAGAUGUGAAAAUUUCCAGUAUUUCGGGGUGUGAGAGAUAAUUUUCCGAAGAGAUUCUCUGCUAACUUCAGGCGGCAUGGAAAAAAUAAAAUUCCAAUAUGGCUGUCAAUCUUCUUGAGAAUAUGUCGAUAUCGCGUGAAGUGUGAAGGGCAGCGUCUAGAGCGUCGAAUAAAGCACAGAGGGUGUGAAUCAGGGCAAUUACAAGCGUGUAAAAGUCAACUGCAAAAUGACGAUAAAACCACUAAUCAACCAGAAGUCGUCAGAAGAGGGCAACAAAGAGGAACAGACUCAGAAUAAUAGUCCGCAGCGCGAAAAGCGAGGGCACAGUAGUAGUCAUGUGUAUGAGGAGAAUGUGGGGCGACACCGCAGGACGCCCCAGAAAAGCUGUAGUCUCCGGAAGCGCGAUCACAAGCGGACAGAUACACGUGGGGAGCGCGAGAAGCACUCCAAGAGUCCCCAUUUCCCACUGGGAAGCUCCAGUCCGCACAACAACAACCUUGCCAGCGCCACAACGAGUCAUAGCAGCACUACAAAUGUAUCCGGAGGCGUGAUGGAGCUCCUGGAGGAGUCCUUCUCUGGCUAUAACAGCGGAGACGAGCACAUUGGCCAGCGGGAUGCUGAGUUGACGCCGCAAGAGUGGACAGAGCGGGAUGAAAAGUUUGUAAAAGCCAUGACGGAACGUGGGUUGAUCGUGAAAGAGAUUGUCGAGGACGGAGCUUGUCUCUUCCGCGCCAUUUCACUCCAAAUCUAUGGCGAUCAAGACAUGCAUGAAGUGAUAAGACAACAGACUCUGGACUACAUUUACCAAAAUCGCGAAUAUUUCGCACAAUUCGUCACUGAGGACAUUUCCAGCUACGUGCAGAGGAAAAGACAGAACCACGUCCAUGGGAAUCACAUUGAGAUUCAGGCCAUGUCAGAGAUAUACAAUCGUCCCGUGGAGCUGUACUGCUAUCAAACGAAGCCAAUAAACAUCUUCAAUUCCGGACAGAGUGACAAUGGUUAUGAGCCAUUGCGCUUGUCGUACCAGCGCUGCUCUCACUACAACGCUAUCCUGGAUCCCUUCAAGGCGUCCGUGGGCGUCGGCCUGGGCCUGGCAGGCUACAAGCCCGAGGAAUUGGAUCUCAAGCAAGUGCGUGAUGCCGUGCGCCUCAGUGAAGAUCUCGAGAUCGAGCAGACGAUGUUCGAGGACAAACUGAAGACGACGGAUUGGGAGGCUACAAAUGAGGCGAUUGAGGAGCAGAUCGCCCGUGAGUCGUAUUUGCAGUGGUGUCGCGAGCAGAAGGCUCAAAAAUCGUCCGGGAGCAGUUCCACCGUGACUUCAACGGCAGUGAGUGGGAAUCACUUGGGGGCGGGCUCCUCCACGAUGAUGGAUCUCAGCGGGUGUUCUUCGUCGGCCGAGAGCGCCAGUAGCAGGCUCAGCGACAGCGAGAACGGGGCCAAUUCGUCAUCGGCGGAGCGGCAGAGGCGCCGACGACGACGUCUGGAAGACGAGACACCGGUCCAAGAAAGUGGCCAAAGGGACAGUGAUCUCAACUACGGGAAGAAGGCGAAACGACGGCCACAAUCCGGAUCGAACAGCCCCGAGAGGACGCCCACAUCGACGCCAGGACCAUCGAGUCGCGAGGAGAGUCCCGAUCAGAAGCCGUUGUCGCUCUUUUACCAAUCUCUUCUCGAGUCUUCCUAUGCGGACGACGGUGAUAUGCAAAUGACAGAGAAGGAAAUGAUCCAAAAAGCUCUCCACAUGUCACGCGUGGACUUCAUAAAGGUGCGGCAGAAACACUCUGAUUACGACUCGCCGUAGAUUCUCGCCACUCUAGCAUUCUCUCAAUUCAUAAUCCUUUCGAUUUGUGGCUAUAAUUUCGUGUAAAUUCUCUCUUCAUCCUGGGAAAUAAUUGUGAGCAGUGUCAGUUAAAUCUUUAAGUGGUCGCGAAAGAGCAAGAAACAGAGAGAGAGAGAGAAUUGAGAAACUUCUUGAAUUUACACCCCAUUCGAUUGUAUAGUUUAUGUAAGAUGUGAAAAAUUAUACAUGGUAAGGAAAAAACCACCAUUGUACAAUAAUCCCGUUUUUGGUUAUUUAUCUUAAAGCGAUAAAGAAACUUUUUUUCUUGUGAUUAAACCAAUUUAUGCCCCAUAAAACACUACUCCGUGUAAUAAAUGAUAUUUUGAAGGA